UAAAAUGACCCAUUAAAUUGAUUAAAAUAAGUAUUUCACCCGGAGCUGUUGAGUGAGAAGCAUUGAUUUUGAUAUUCGGUGCCAUUUUAGUAUUUUCGCCGCGGAGUGUUUGUAGAAUUUAAUUUUUUUAAUACUCACUAUUGAUCAGUUUCAAAUUGUAAAUUGAAAAUGACAAAGAUCCUGUUUUUGUUCGUUGUAUUAUUAACCACCACUCAUGCCUUCAAUUUUGAUCAAAUCAAAGAUGCCAUUGAAAACGAAUGGAACGUAUUCAAGACGAAGUAUUCAAAAAAAUUCAAUAGUAUAGAGGAAGAUCUAAUCCGGUUUGCAGCGUUUCGUAUUAAUAGAGAAAAAGUCAAUGCGCAUAAUAAACUGUAUGAAAAAGGAAUAGUCUCGAACAAAUUGGCAUUAAACCAAUUUUCCGAUUUACUACAAAAUGAAGUCGAUGCAAAAAUGAAAGGAUAUAAACGAUCAAACCAAUUAUGGGAACCUGAUGACGAGCCUAAACCGAGCGAAAAUUCGAUUUAUUUUAUCGAACCAUUCAAUUUAACUUUGCCGCGUUCGAUAGACUGGCGGGAUAUCGGUGCAGUAGCAGAGAUAAAAAAUCAAGGUGUCUGCGGUUCGUGUUGGUCAUUCAGCGCGACUGGAGCACUUGAAGGACAACACUUCCGUAAGACUGGUCAAUUGAUAUCGUUGUCGGAACAAAAUCUUAUCGACUGUUCAUCUGAUGGAUGUAACGGUGGCUUUCCCGACAAAGCACUCCAAUACAUCAAAGACAAUGGUGGUAUUAAUACCGAAAACGCAUAUCCCUAUAAAUAUGGAGAUGAUUAUUUUGAAGAUAAAACAUGUAAAUACAAUGCAACGAACGUGGGUGCUAUUGUUACCGGUGUUGUCAAAAUUCCUACGGGCGACGAACAGAAAUUAAUGACUGCGCUUGCAACUAUCGGUCCUAUUUCUGUGGCUAUUGAUGCGUCGGGUGCUUUUGGUUUUUAUCAUCACUCGAAGGGCGUUUAUUAUAAUCCAAACUGUGCUACGGAGAAUGAAAAUUUAGAUCAUGCAGUCUUGCUCGUUGGAUAUGGUACUGAUGCGAAUGGCAAAGACUAUUAUAUAAUAAAGAAUAGCUGGGGCACAUCGUGGGGAGAUGGUGGGUUCAUGAAAAUGGCAAGGACAGGACAAAAUCACUGCGGUAUCGCGACGGAUGCCUACUAUCCACUCGUUUAAAGAUAACGAGAAUGAUUUAUUUCGAUAAAUAUAGCGAAAAUAUUAUAGAUUCGUUCAAAGAAUUUGUUUAAUGAAGUUUGAAUUGGUAGCUUUUAAAAAGUUAACUUAUAAUUCAUGUUGACAACAAUGAUGUUGUGUAUGAUGUUAAUUUGAAAUUUGUCUGAUUAUUGGCCGCUUCUUAUGCUUUUCGCUUUGAUUUUAAUGAAUAAAAAAAAACAUUGAAACCAAGUGGCAAAUAUAUAUAUCGAAAUAAAAAAGUCGCAAGCAUUUCGAAACAACAAGAAUAAUUUAUUGUGAAAUGUAUAAACAAAAAAGAAUGUAAACAUAUUUACAGUGAAUAAAAAUGAUAUAAAGGACAGAA